AUGGAGACGCUGCUAGCGUCUGUUGAAAACUCUGCGCGCUUCAGGGGCUUCAAUUUUAACGCGAGAAAGUGUGCCUUCCACCAUAUUGGUGAGGGAAGGCGAAGAAAUAGAGUUCAGGGCACGCGCUUUAAGAUCUGCGGAGAUUGGAUGAGGCCCCUGGAGGAGGGGGAGGCUUACUCUCACCUCGGCACACAGACCGGUUUCAACUGUGUACAGACGCCUCUGGAGCUUCUCUCCCAGGUCAUCAGGGACAUCAGAGCGGUGGAUUCCAGCCUUCUUGCCCCUUGGCAGAAGCUUGACGCGGUAGCUACGUUUGUACUGCCGCGUCUUGACUUUUGUCUGGGGGGAUCACACGUGGAGAAGGGUCCGCUGAAAGUCGBGGACAAGGUCAUCAAGCGGAUGGCAAAGGGGUGGCUACAUCUCCCUCAGCGUGCGAGCGCGGAGGUAGUGUUCCUGCCCCCCAGGGAAGGUGGAGGAGGGCUCCUCCCGCUCGGGGACCUCGCCGACAUCCUGACAAUAUKCCAUUCAUUUAAAUUAUUAACAUCUAAGGAUCGCCUCGUCAGGAUGUUGGCGUUGGGCUCACUGAGGGAGACAGUGGCCUUCCGUUUAAAGCGCGAUCCUCGCGGUGAUGACCUUGCCCAAUACCUGUCCGGGAGCGUCGAGGGAGACCUCUCAGGACCUUCGGCGGACACUUCCUCAUU